CCGUUAUUCACCUCGCAACGAGCAACAACGUCCCUCGGAAUCUGCAUAUGUCACUAUUCCCAGACUCAUACAUCAGAUUUCACUCGCCGAGGAUCACCAAAAUGGCAACAUCGCACGAUUUGCUCCUGCGAUGCAGAGUUGCCGAAUCUUGCACCCAGACUAGGAGUUUCACAUGUGGACGAACGACGACGCAAGCGACUUCAUGAGAACAAACUAUCCAGCACUUUAUCCACAUUACGAAAACUAUCGACAGACGAUCCAACGCGCGAACGUCCUCCGCUAUGCAUUGCUGCAUCAUUACGGUGGCGUCUAUCUCGAUCUCGACGUGGCAUGCCGCGUCCCAUUGGACGAUCUCCUCGCUGGCGAUGAAUUCCCAUCGUUCCUCACUCCCGCCGCGUUCCCAGCAGGCGUGAAUAAUGCAUUCAUCCUGACUCGUCCUGGCCAUCCGUUUCUUACCAAACUACUCGAACGAUUGCCAGGUCGAGAUCUGUACUGGGGAAUGCCAUACGUCGAGAAUAUGCUGAGUACGGGGUGCAUGUUCUUCACCAAUGCUUGGAUGGCAUACUUGAGAGAAAAAAAAGCACGUUCUGGACACGACUCGAUUAGCAGAGCACAUGAAGAUCGCGUACAGGUAUUGGCAGAUCACGAUGGCUGGCUUGAAAGUCAUAUGCUGCGGGGAAGGGUUGUCACGCCAUUAUUCGAACACGGAGGCGCGAGCAGUUGGCACAGUUGGGAUGCUGCCGCGAUUGUGCUCAUUGGGAAGCAUUACGGCUAUUUCGCCUUUCUUGGCAUUCUGGGAUGUUUCAGCGGAUUCGCGUUCAUUCUAAGAUUGACGAUGUCAAGAAGGAUCGUACGGCGAGGGUGGCUUGACGCAGAAGCGGAAUGUCGCAUGCUGAAGGACGCUUGAGAUCUUGUGGCAAUCGUUGUUGACAGCUAAAUUGAAAGCCUUGUAUCACAAACACGCGGCCGAAACAGCGACACGACAAUCGACCCCGGAAGGAGAUUCACAGGCCCUUUUGC